CAUCACCAGGACGCAUCAUCAUUAUCGUCACGUGCCUGGAGCCUGUAAAACAUAAUGGCAACAGAUACAGAAUUAGCAGCAGAUGCUGAAUGGAUCAGCAUCUCAGCCCCAGAUGAACCUGUUGCUGCUGUGGCUGAGUCCAUGACUGAUCGUGUGCGUCGAGUUGACGCAGACAUCAGAGACAUUACAGAAUAUUACCGUGUCAAUGUGUCGCCCGCCCGCCGAGAUGUACUGCAGCGAUAUUACGCACAAGAGCUCAUCAAGCUGUCUCUGGUAAAAUUCAACAGCAUCAACCAGCAAGACCGCGCCGACUAUCUGCUGCUGCGCAACCAUUUGCAACGCAGCGCUGCUCGCCUGCAAGCAGAGUGGGAUACUGUUUUGGCAUUAGGGCACUUUAUGCCCUUUGCCGACAACAUAGUUCUCAUCUCUGAAGCUCGUGAGCGUGUUGAUCUUGUCUCUGCCCAGAGCACCGCUCAGCAUCUGGACAAUGUAGCCAAGCUAGCCGCUCAAACCACCCUUCGCAUAAAAAACGGCAAUCUCACUACAUCCAAAGUCAACGGAUAUAGACUUGUUAAGUAUGCACAGAAUCUAAAGAGUGCGCUGGAUGAGCUCGGUGUAUUCUAUGCCACAUAUGACCCCAUGUUUGACUGGUGGGCGUCAAAGCCGUUGAAAGAUGCAAAGGCUGCGCUGGACGACUACAUCCAAGUCGCAUCCUCUGUACUAGCGGGCAUCGGGCCUGAAAACGGCGAUGAAAUUAUUGGCGAGCCCAUCGGCCGCGAAGCUCUACUUACCGAACUUAGGGUGGAAAUGAUUGCAUAUAGCCCCGACGAGUUGGUAGACAUUGCCAACAAUGUCUUUAGCUGGUGCGAGCAUCAAAUGAAGCUUGCGUCCAAGGACCUCGGGUUUGGCGACGACUGGAAAGCUGCUCUUGCACACGUCAAAGAGCAGACUGUAGAACCAGGCAAAUACCCGCAUUUUGUCAGACAGCUAGCUCGCGAAGGUGCAGACUACGUCGAGCAGCACAACUUGCUCACUGUCCCGCCCAUUGCAAAGUCCACUUCCCGCGUCACCAUGCUGGACCCCGAAAAGCAAAAGGUGUCGCCGUUCUUCCUAGGCGGCCCUGGCAUCCUUGUUGCGUAUCCUACCGUCGAUAUGCCGCACGACUUGAAGCAAAUGGUGAUGCGCGGCAACAAUCGGUACUUUGCCCGGGCGACGGCGUUCCACGAGCUCAUCCCCGGCCACAAGAUGCAAGAGUACAGCAUGGCGCGGUACAAUACGCACCGCAAGCUCUUCUCCACGCCAUUUUGGACUGAAGGCUGGGCACUCUACUGGGAGCUCCUGCUCUGGGACCGAGGCGAUUUCUUUGUCUCACCCGAGGAUAAGAUUGGCACGCUCUUCUGGCGCAUGCAUCGAUGUGCACGCAUCAUCUUCUCGCUGAGCUUUCAUCUUGGGCAGAUGACGCCUCAAGAGUGUGUGGAUCUGCUGGUCAACAAGGUCGGACAUGAGCGGUCGACUGCCGAGGCCGAGGUGCGGCGCUCGUUUAACGGUGAAUGGGCGCCGCUGUACCAGUGCGGAUAUAUGCUUGGUGCUCUGCAGCUGUGGGCGCUGAGAGGGAAGGUCCUUGCGAGCGGGCGCUUAACGGAGAAGCAGUUUCACGACACGGUGCUGCGGAAUGGAUACAUGUCUAUCGAGUUGGUGCGGGCUGUCCUUUUGGAUAGGGAACUGACAGCAGACUAUAAGCCUCAGUGGAGGUGGUAUGCGAAAAAGAAAUAGUCCCUGCCCUUUGGCAAUCUGGUGCUGUAUAUAGCCGGUAGAUGUACAUAUCACUGUAUAUAUAAUACGGAGGCAGUCGGGAAAGACAGACUUUGGUCAAUUGCUAGCUAAGUUCGAGACUAUCAGAAUCCCAC